AUGCAUCGAAUGCAACAUCCUCCGCGCACAUCAAGUCCCCUCGCCUCGUCCUCUUCGUCGUCGGCCAUUGCCUCGUCCUGGCAAAUCCACAGGCAACCCGAGGCGACAACUGGAGAUGUAUUUGGUGACGAAUACGACAUGUCGCCCUUUGACGAGACGGCGCUGGCUGCUAAUGGGCUGAGCCCUUUGUCCGUGGCGAGUCAGUCUCCGCUUGUACUCGAGGCGGCGGCGGCUGCUGGCUGGGAAGAAGAUGAAGAGGAUCCAUUUGCUGAUUGCUACCAUCCUCAGUCGUCGUCGCGUCCAGCCCGUCCGGCCUCCACCUCUGCACCCGCCUCCUCCGCGUAUCCUCGGGCCUCGUCACGCCCAGCUCCGGUUGUGCCGACAAGAAGAGGAACCGUUGGUGCUUACGGACGUUAUGCUGACUCAUCGUCACGCGUGCGCCGACAUCACCAAACUACGCCAUCGACGAUGACAUCGUCUGCUACCGGUCUCCGCAAACCUCAAACCCCGAUGCAGAUGCUCUACGAUCUCCCCUAUACUCCCUCGAGUACUCCCUCGACUUCGCCAAACUCGAGACGGCGAGCCACUUUGCCCUCACCACCACCCCUCCCAGCCAGACCACCGCGUGUGGUUGAACCCGACGCGCCCCUCGUCGUCCACGGCACACGACCCUCACCCUUUCCACUGGGUCCAACCCCUCCACGACGGACCGGACCCCCUUCGAGUACCGCAUCGUCUUCGGAUUCCACUGAUGACACUGAACUCGUCACACCAACCACGACCAUUGCCAGCACUUCUCCUGUGACGACAAGUGCCCCCACCAGUGGGAUGAUGCGACGCAAGCCGGCGGUCACGGCUCUCGAUAUGGAGCGUGAGCGGCAAUGGGCCCUCUGGGAGGCUGAACACGCCCCAUCGGCCACUAUUGCCGUCACUACCGAACCCAUGGAAAAGAAAAAGCUCUUCUCCAUCUCGAGUUCCAAGGCGUCCUCGUCGUCCUCCGGUGCCGAAGCCAAGCCCAAAAAGGAGACUAAGAAACGGUCGACUCGCUGGUGGUGCUGCUUUGGCUCUUCGGCACAUGAAACAGACGACGAAGAGGAGUGGGACGUCGAGCACGAGAAGAGCCCACGGCCUGCAUCCCGUCUUCGCAAGCGGGCCAACUAG